AUGAGGGUGCUGUUGGGUGUCAUCGUGUGCACCAUGGUGCUUCUACUGUCCCCAAGGAGCUGUGCUGCGGCAAUGCAACCAGACUUGACAAUCACUACAAUAAAGCAAGAUCCAUACACCAUGUCCAAAGGCUCUCAGAUGGAAGGUUACUGCAUGGACCUGCUGUCUGAACUGGCCAAGAAACUGGACUUCAAGUACAACGUGCACCUGGUGAAAGAUGGGUCCUAUGGCAGGCAGGAUGAGAGUGGGGCCUGGAAUGGGAUGAUCGGAGAGGUGGUGAGAAAGGAGGCAGACCUGGCGAUUGCUCCUCUGACCCUCACUGCUGCCCGGGAGAAGGUUGUGGGGAUGACCAAACCCUUCAUGCAGACAGGCAUCAGCAUUCUCCUGAGGAAAGACAUCUCAGAAGAGGCUGGCAUCUUUGACUUCCUGACCCCCUUCUCAGUAGAGACCUGGGUGGGGAUCCUCGCUGCGUACCUGGGGACUGCUAUUUCCAUCUGUGUAGUAGCCAGACUCAGCCCAUGUGAGUGGAGUCAACCCCAGACUGAGGAAAACAACUUCACUUUCAGCCACAGUUUGUGGUACACUGCUGGAGCCCUCACUCUACAGGGUGCCGGUCCACACCCCAAAGCUUUAUCAGGACGCAUAAUAUGCUGCACCUGGUGGUUGUUUGGUCUGGUCCUCUUGGCCUGCUAUUUCUCCAACCUCAGCACAUCUCAGGGCUCAGACUCCAAUCAACUGAUGGUGAAAGGGUUUGAGGACUUGGCCAACCAGCAAGGGAUUGAGUAUGGGACCCUGUCUGGCUCCUCCACACUUGCCUUCUUCAAGAACUCUAACAACCCAACCUACCGCAGGAUCUAUGAGCACAUGGAGAGAGCCAAGAGUUUUGUGUCAUCAAUGGAUGAGGGUGUUCGCCGGGCAAAGGAGGGCAACUUUGCCUUCAUUGGAGAGUCUGUGUCACUGGACUUGGUGGCGGCUCGUCACUGUGAGCUGGUCCGUGUCCAUGAGGUCAUCGGCAUGAGAGGGUACAGCAUCGCAGGCACCCUGGGCUCUCCCAUGCUGAAGAACCUCAGUGUGGCCAUCCUGGAGCUGAGUGAGGCAGGAGAGUUGGCUUACCUGCGCAGUAAGUGGUGGGCCAGCAGCUGCAUGGCAGACCCAGCGAAGGCCUCCCCCUUGCAGCCCCACAGCUUGAAGGGCAUGUUCCUGGUGCUGGCUCUGGGCCUGGGGCUGGGGGUGCUGCUGGCUGUCCUGGAGCUCACCAUCAAGUCCCGGAGCAAUGCUGGGGAGCAGAGGAAAUCAUAUUGCACAGUGUUGUCUGAUGAACUGAGUCAGCGCUUGAGGACCACCACCACCAACAAGAAGAGAAGCCAGGAAACCGCAGACAAAGACAAAGCAUGAGUAGAAAUGAUAGUAGAUACUCUAUUAUAUAUGGCCUAACAAAGCAAAUGUCACUAUGCAGGUCUUGACAUGAGUUUUGUUCUAGAUACUUUUUUUUAACCACAAAGAAACACUGUGUAUCAGACAUGCUUACAGACUGUUUCCAGGCUGUUAUGUGACAUGUGUUAAUUAACAGAGUAAUAAAUAACAUACUGGAGAGGUGGAGUAAAUUAACAAUACUACAGUAUUAUGUUGAAGAUAUUUUAUUGAGAAAAACAACAUGUAUAUUUACUGUUACAAAUAAUUUCAUGUGUACUGAUUUAGAAAGAUUUAAGAGCGGUGCAAAAAUAGAAAUGAAA